GCCGCGGGCCCGGGAGGCGCGUUCCCUCUUGGCCCCAAAGCGAGCCCGGCGGGCGGCUCCUCUGGGUUGGGCGACCGAGCGGGGCCAGCCGGGCGGGGGGCGGGCCCGGGAAGGCGGCGCCGCGCGGCGCGGGAGGCGGGCGGGGCGCGGGGCCGCGGUGCCCAGAGGCUGCGGCACUAGGGGCUCGGCGCCCCCGACCUUCCGCGUCCCGGGGUGGCGGCGGCGGCGGCGGCGGCGGCGCGGGCGGCAUAUGAUGCUGAGCUGGCUGCUCCAGAAUGAACCACAGCUCUGAGAAGGGGAAGUAGAAACAGCUGGCGCCCUGCCAUGGCCUGUGAACCACAGGUGGACCCGGGGGCCGCUGGCCCAUUGCCCCCCUCCUCUCCUGGUUGGAGUGCCCUGCCUGGAGGGAGCCCUCCCGGCUGGGGGCAAGAGCUCCACAAUGGCCAGGUCCUCACUGUUCUCCGGAUUGACAAUACCUGUGCACCCAUCUCCUUCGACCUGGGAGCCGCAGAAGAGCAACUGCAAACUUGGGGCAUCCAGGUCCCGGCCGACCAGUACAGGAGCUUGGCUGAGAGUGCCCUCUUGGAGCCCCAAGUGAGAAGAUAUAUCAUCUACAACUCGAGGCCUAUGCGGCUGGCCUUUGCUGUGGUUUUCUACGUGGUGGUGUGGGCCAAUAUCUACUCUACCAGUCAGAUGUUUGCCUUGGGGAACCACUGGGCUGGCAUGCUGCUCGUGACCCUGGCCGCAGUGAGCCUGACCUUGACUCUUGUGCUGGUCUUUGAAAGACACCAGAAGAAGCUUUGGUUUGUCUACUUCGACCUGGAGAACUGUGUGCAGUUUUUGUCUGAUCAUGUUCAAGAAAUGAAGACUAGCCAAGAGUCCUUGCUGAGAAGCAGAUUGAGCCAGUUGUGUGUUGUCAUGGAGACUGGGGUAAGCCCUGCAACAGCGGAGGGGCCUGAGAACUUGGAGGAUGCUCCUCUCCUGCCCGGCAAUUCUUGUCCUAACGAAAGGCCACUCAUGCAGACUGAGCUUCAUCAGCUUGUUCCUGAGGCUGAGCCAGAGGAAAUGGCCCGCCAGCUGCUGGCAGUGUUUGGCGGCUACUACAUCCGGCUUCUAGUGACCUCCCAGCUCCCUCAGGCAAUGGGGACACGACACACGAACUCUCCGAGAAUUCCAUGCCCCUGCCAGCUCAUAGAAGCCUACAUCCUAGGCACAGGGUGCUGCCCGUUCCUGGCGAGGUGACCUAGGGAUGAAGGUACUCAUCUUCCUCCAAGACUGAGCAGUCAGGAAGGCUUCAGGAGCCCAAGAUGGCCAAUAGGGAGCCCCAGGUGAGGAGAGAAGCAUCUGGGGGCACUCCAAAAGGGGCCUGUGAUGUCAGCCACUGGGGUGUUGUGCUCACUUCAGGGCCCAGCACAAAAAUCCUUGUUUGACAUCUCAUGCUGACCCCCUGGCCUUUGCAGAAGCUGAUGGUUACAGAGCUAGUCCCACCAAAGCCACUCUCUCUGCUGCUUAGAACUGUGGACAUGUAUGGAAGGACUGGACCCCCAUCGCUUUCAUUGUUCAGAGAGCCCAGGAGACAUGAAGAUGACCAGACUGGGCAAAUUAUGUGUCCAAACUUGGCCUCAGAUGAUGUUUCCAUCUCCAACCCCUUCAUACCAGAUGGGGAAACUGAGGCUCAGAGAGGAUACUGCUCUAUGUGGCAUUGCCUUGAACCCCUAAAUUAUCUGAUUGCCUUUUUCCAAUAUAAAGAAAAAAAGUAAGUUUUCAGAAUUCUCUCAAUUUUUUAAGUUUUUCUCCCCCAUAUUUUGUGAAAAGCAGUGGUGUGUGUACGUGUUGUCUACCAGUACACAGGCUGCAGAAGACAGAGACGAAAGAAAGAGAUCAAGGGCAGAUAACUGUUGAUAGGAAUAUUUGAGAAAGAUUGAUCCUGUUUGACUUGAGGACUUAUUUUGUUCACAGGCAUGCACGCCUGUGGUUGUGGUUUUAUAUUACAGAUGUAGAACAACGGUUAUGUUUCCCAACAUGAACAUUGUCCUGGAAUGAAGUGUGAUCAGCCACUUGUGGAAUUCUGUGAAGAGCUCAGAGGCUUCAAAGUGAUCUGCUCCUGAACAAGUUUGAAGACCUAUUGUUUCAUAGACCCAAGUCCAAACUCCCUGACCUGGCAUCUGAAGGAUCCCCAGCCCCCAAGACCUAGCCUUCGUCUGCGAUUUUGGCUUCAUCUCCCACAAAACCCCUUUAUGAGUUGACGCUUUUUCCUGGACUGACAUACCUAUUCCUUUCCAUUUGUUGGACUCCUAUUCAUGCUUCAAAGUCCAGCUUUCUUAAGCCCUUCUUUAGGAAGCCUUCCCACACAGCCAACCCUGCUGCUCUCUGCCUCCUUUAAAUUCUUGAUAGAGCUGCUGCUUGUUCUGAUGUUUUAUGGUAUUGAUUCUGUUUUCCUGUGUAUAUGCCAGUUUUUCUAGCUAGACUGUAAACUCCUUAAGGACAGAGACUACACCUUGUACUUUUUGUGCAUGACCUGGACUUGCUAAGGAAAAAAAAAAAUCCUGUGGAUUGAUUGCUUUGCCAUCCCCACAGCAGCUUUUGCAAAUUGCUGUCCAAACUCACUUGAAUGAUGACAUUGCUAUGGACCUGGGUUCUGGACCUGAUCUGCCACUUCAAGCUGUGUAAUUUUUGGCAAGUUGCUUUCUUUGCCUGGUCCUCAGUUUGCCCAUCAAUAUAAUGGGUGGAUUGGAUGAUUUUUUUUUUUUUUUUUAAUUGAGAUGGAGUCUUGCACUGUCACCCAGGCUGGACUGUAGUGGCGUGAUCUUGGCUCACUGCAACCUCCGCCGCCUAGGUUCAAGUGAUUCUCAUGCCUCAGCCUCCCAAGUAGCUGGGACUACAGGUGUGCACCACUACGCCUGGAUAAUUUUUUGUAUUUUUAGUAGAGAUGGGGUUUUGCCAUGUUGGCCAGGCUGGUCUUGAACUCCUGACCUCAGGUGAUCCGUCCGCCUCGGGCUCCCAAAGUGCUGGGAUUACAGACGUGAGGCACCACAACCGGCCUGGAUGAUUCUUAAGGGCCCUUCUAGGACCAAAGUUCUGGGAAUUUCUACCUUAUUCUGCCCCCUUGUAGCCCUUGGCCUAUCUAUCUUUAUCCACAUGCAGAAACAUCUGGCAACCCCACAUGGCUGAGAUGACCUGGGCCUAGGACACCCUUGGACAGAAGACUGGUCUACCUAGCAGACCUGGAUUUUUCUUCCUGAUCUGCUGCUUCCAAGUUGUGUGACCUUGGCUAAGUCACUUGACCUUUCUGAUUGUCAUUUCGCUUUUUAAUAAAGUGGAUCUGGUGAACAAGAAAUGUGAUAAACACGUGGCUUGCCAUUCAAGAGAUGAGUCUGACCAUUCACUUUCUGUGUGCCAGAGAAGAGACAUCAUGGGUAUAGAGCAGCCCCUGGAAAGGCUGCUUUGGUCAAGGCUGAGAGCAGCUUUGCUCAAGGAAAUUAUUCACGAAGGUGACCACUGUCUUUCUGACCUGGCACAGAGGAAAUGUUGGCUGUGAAUGUGACCAAUAGAAAGAAGCCCGUAUUUCUCAGUCAGUCCUAGAACCCCGGUAAGUAAUUAACAGAGAAUAAAAAUGUGUUUGUUAAAUGACAAAACAGCAGUUUUUCAAUUUUAA